GACUGGCGGGAAGACGGAGGGCGCGGCUGGGGCGCGUGCCCAAGUCCGAGGGCACCGUGGUGGUGAGAGGGCCCCGGUGGGACGCCCGCCGAUCCCAGGAGCGGGAGCGCGCGGCUGGUUCAGGCGGUUCAGGCUGCGACCUCAGGGGCAGGAGGGGGUCGGAGCGAAACCUCAAAAAUGCGCAGCGCCGGCCGGCCGGCGGGCAGGGAAGGCAGAGGGCGCCUGGGCCGGCGCAGGUAGGCUGUGCGCUCCGGCCCCCGGGACCGCCCAGACCUGCCCCCACGCCCAGCCGAUCCCAGUCCCGGUCCCGAUCCCGGUCCAGGACGGCAGCACCGCGGACCCAGGACGCCGGCAGGCAGCCUUCCUCGGGACAGAGGUGCUCUCUGUGGCAUGCCCAGACCCUCCGCCCGAAGGGGAAUCCGUCACGAGUGAGCGAGGCUGUGUCCCCGCGAGCCCAGGACGUGGCGACGAGCUGAGCACCAUGGAGAAGUUCAGCUCCUUCUUCAGUGACAUCUGGGACACCAUCCUGACCAAGCACCAGGAGGGCCUCUUCAACAGCGUCUGCCUGGGCGUGGUGCUGGCGCUGCCGCUGCUAGUGCUCCUCACCCUGGUCUUCGUCUGCUGCUACUGCUGCUGGAGCCGGCCGGGCAAGGGCCAGCAGCCGGAGCACGGCCCGGGGAAGAAGAAGAAGAGGAAGAGGAAGAAGGGCGAAGAAGACCUCUGGAUCUCCGCCCAGCCCAAGCUCCUGCAGAUGGAGAAGAGGCCAUCGCUGCCGGUCUAGUGGGGCCUUCCACCGACACACGGGGCCUGGAGCGUCACACACGUGUCCACAGAGGAACUUCUCAGCCAAGGAGCAAACCUCAGACUGAGUGUCCCCAGGGAGGGCACCCCCAGGGAGCACGGGGACAAUGCGUGGGCACUGGCUGGGCAGCUAUGUGUCCAAUAGCAACGCUCUCUGCUCCAGGUUCAGGCGUGCCCCCCACCUACUUCCGGCACAGUCCAUACGCCAAAGCACAGGGAACACGUAUCCAUAGCCACCUGGGCUCACCAUGCACACCCCACACACGCAGCACAGUAUCUGCUCUCGCAAAACCAUCUCAUAGGAGGGCCUGGCCAGAUUCGGGCGCAAGUGCACAAUUACACGACCCUGCAAGGUUACAAACUCCAUACCUGUUCCAUGUACUACUCAGGUUACAGAUGUGUGCUUCCUACUCCGCUCCCCACAAACCCUCCUGCUGCGAAUCCUCAUCCUCGGACGCCUCAGCACCCGGCACAGUGCCCUUCGCUGUUGUUGAUGCAGACCCUCCAGCUCCCGUGCUCCUGGCCCCUCCCCGAGGAGGGCAAGUUUAAAGUGCAAUGGAUCCGAAUUCAUCGGAAGCUAUGGUCUCGCAAGGUCCUCAUCACCACCGGUCGGUGUUGAACGGGGUCCAAGACCCCUCGUUGAGACGCUCCACGCAGAGCCCCUCAGGAAGGCUCCUCCACACAGGACGGCAGCUCUGGGUGUGGCUCCUAGGGAGCUAUGGGAACCAGGUAACAGGCUGCUCGGCCCACUCCACCCGGUGCACCGUCCUGUGCAACGCAGAGGUGGAAGGAGAUGCCCCACCUGAGCUGGGCACCCCCCGGAGCCAGAGGCUUUCAGUGGGGAAGGAGUGAAGACAUCGCCGGCACAGCCUCGCAGAAGGCACACUGGAAGCGACGGGUGGCGUGCUGAGGGUGGGAUGCGGGAGAUUCAGACUUGAAGCGAAAGCAGGAUGAAGCUAUAUAGAGGUUUAUUAAUAUUUAUCUUGAAGCUCAGGCAAGUGCCUUGCGCACAGUGGGUACUCAUAACUGUCUGUGGACGCUGUUGGGUAUGUGAGGACGUUAAGGGUAAGCUGGAAUACCUCGCCAGUUCCCCCAAGUGGCCUAAGUGAGCCCCCAUCGCUGCGAGGGUGGAGUGGGUGUUGAAUUCUGCAGACCCAGGGGGUGGGUUGGCACGUGGGCCCCGAGGUCCGUGAGGACAUACGAACCAGGUCCACGGUGAGCUGAGGAGCGUGUCUCCCCACCAGGCUGAAGUUGGGAGGCCGAGGUAAUCCACGUGUCUGAUGAGCUGGUUGGUAUUUGGACUGGAUUGUGACCGUGUUGCAAUGGUGGGUAAUUCCUGAGAGCAGGCUGUGCUGUCCAAAUUCAUUUGCAACCCUCAGAGGUGGUCCCAAAUGGUGUGCAAUUGCCAUUUAAUUAACAGUGUAGCUAAACUACGGUACUUAUAGCAGCAGAAACGAAAUGCUGUGCGAUUGCGCUAACAGUGCUCUAUCGGCGCACGUGGGCCACCAGGUUCUCACCUGCCCCCCAGGUGUGCUCCAGGCCUGUGCAGAGCGGACGCUGGGUGGUGCCUGCCAUGGGUCCCAGGUCUCCUCACAGUGAUCUGGGACGCCGAGUUCAGUUGCAUACACUGUGGAACCAGCAAUGGUCACCCCCUCCCCCUACGAGGCCCCAAGUCCCCCAGGCACUCAGGCCCUGGCUCCUAAACCCCUGUGACCAGAGAAGCUACACCUUCUGAUUCCCUGCCCCUGUGCCACAGGGAGAGCCUGUCAGAGCAGCUGACUGUCCAUAGGCCAUCGCAGGACGGCUAGUCACCUCCCCACGUCUCCCGCUGCCCAGGACGCCGGCCUUCCCGUCUGUGCCUCGCAGUCCCCUGGAUGGAUGAGUUGGGCAGACGCGGGGGGCUGGCGGCUGAGGCUGGUGUUAGAUAUGAUCCCAGAGAGCAGAUCACCGGGAACAUGGUUGCCGUGGCAACUGGCUGCUCAUCUGAAUUAAGAGAGCAGUGUUUGUCACCUCCAUGACAAGGCCUCCAUCUCCAGGUGCAGGGCCCUGCUGUCUCCUAAUCUAGUGCAUCUGCUCCAGCUCCGGCCACGAAACACCAGGACACACCUCUCAGCUGCUUCCAAAGCCUCAGACCCAGGACACCCAAGCCCUGAGCGAGGCCUCUCUUUUCCCCACCCAGCCUCCCCCAUGACCCUCCCUGGGGUACCUACAACAGUGCCAGGGGCGGCAUCAUCUCUCUCUCUCUCUCUCUCUCUCUCUCUCUCUCUCUCUCUCUCUCUCAUCUCCAUCCCCUCUUGUCCUGGUUCCAUCCCUUCCUUCAUCUCCAUUUUCGCUCCUUUCCUUCCCAGCCUCUGUCCCAGAGCUGCCUCUGGCAACAGGGGUGCCUCUGAGGGGAGCCUGCCUGGCCCCUCUCGGGGGGUUUUAAGCUAAUGAAGGACAACGAGGGAGUAAGGAAGGGGCGUCCUCCCCCAGCAAAGGCCUGGGGAGCCCCUCGAUGUGUACCCAGCUCCAGCCAGCACGGCCCCUGUCAGAGCAGGUCUUCCCCUGCUGCUGCUGCUCUCCAGGGAUUCGCUCUCCUGUUUCUUGGGGGGAGGGAAGGCUAUGGAGAAAGGGUAGUCGCCCUUUCAAGAAGAACAUAGUGGUCCAAAUUGUACAGUAUUUGUAUUUUUUUUUUCUGAAAAAUUCAAACACAUCAACAGAAAAACUGAUUUAAUAAAAUACUUUAGAAAAUAAAA